UUGGCGGUGACACUGACGUACAGUACAUAACCUAUCUUUAACUAAGCAAAAUAAAAGCGCGCAGCGCGCAAUUUAUAAUAAGAACAAAAAACGUUGUAUCAAUUUUAUUGGAGACUCGUGCAGUGAGAAAUAUACAAAAUGUUUUUGCGGCAAAUUGUGCGCAUUUUUACGUAUCCAAAAUCCUCUGUUUCACUAAACCUAGAUCAUAGUUUACGAAAAUGUAGCAGAAACUUCCAUCGUGCUUCAAAUUUGUGUAUUAGAAUGUUCAUGGAACAUGAAAACAAAUAUGCUUAUAGUAUUCUAGAAAACAAAGGAUACGCUAUCAGUUUAAGUAAUAACAUCUACAUCAAUAAUCAUCCGAAACUGACUUUAAGUGAACAAGAAUUUAAGGAAAUGCUCCUAACAGAUUGGUCCAAAAAGUCACAUAUUGAAUUGUUCAAUUACUUUCCUAAAUUUGGUUUAUAUUGUUCAGAACACAAUUUGAGCAUUUCCAAUGAGAUAUUUGAUACAUACAUAGACUAUCUCACGGACUCUUUCAAAUUGGCUACUGACAAAGAACUGGAAUCCAUAUUUCAUGCAUUAAACAAUUGGCCUGAAGUAGAAUCAAUAAGGACUAGAAAUUUCAUAGAAGUUUGGACUGCUCUAGAUGAUGAAUGCUUAAAGCGCUAUAAGAACUGGUCACACAGUGAAUUAUUGUCCUAUAUACCACUUUUUUAUAUGGUGAAUGUUACAAAAUAUAGUGACUUUUUUGUUAAAAGCUUGCAGAAACUGGCAACCAAAGCAAAACAAUUAACACCAGGCCAACUUGUACAAACUAUGUUCUUUAUUGGAAUCUGGAGGAAAUCACCAUUUGAUAUGCAUAAUUUAGAAAUAGAAAUAAAAAGAAAUUAUGACCUAUUCACUAUUGAUGACCUGGCUAUCAUGUCUAUGGGUUUCUUCAAGAGUAAAACACCAAUAAGAGAUAUGGACUUAGUCCUCAAAAUGAUUGACACAAUAAUAACAAACUCAAAAAAUGUACAUGAAGUAUCUCUAGCUGCUUUAUUGAAACUUAUUCGUUAUUCAACAAAACUAACCACUGAUGAUAGAAUUUAUAGACUACUGGAUGCAUUACAGCAUGAAGUUCCCCGACUGUCUAUUAUGUGUAAUGUGCAUUUAGCUUUAGUUGGGACUUCUACAUUGAAUUUACAUGAAGAAUGUUUGCAUAAAAUAGCCAAAACUGUAAUAGAAUCUAUUUCUCUAACAAGAAUGAAAGACCUCGAAAGAUUAGUGUUAACUUAUAGCACAUUUAAUUUGGUACCCAAAACAGAAGAAUGUUUCUUUCUUAAAGUAAUAGAAGAAUUAAGAAAGCCUGAGAGGAUUCCAGAAAUUAAUAGUCAUGGGAGAUCAUUUGCAUGCUGCAUAGCAUAUUUAGGGCUAGCAGGCUUCUAUCCUGUGGAUCUCAUAGAUAAAGUUUUUAAUAAAGAUUUUUUGAAAUUGACUUAUGGAACCUAUUGUUAUAACUAUGGACGUGAAAUCCUUACAUUGAGUAAUGUCUCCAAAAUAUUUUGCCCUGAUGUCAAGGAUCAUCUACAGGACAAACAUGUUCAAAUAAUGGCCAAAAAAUACACCGACUAUAUGCCAAGUGAAGACUAUAUAAAACAGUAUAAUAUAACGGAACGGAUGGUCUUGGACGUCAUGAAAGUAUUGAGAGAAACUCGUGGUGGCUAUGACUAUGUAGUUGGUGAACAUAUUUUAUCUCAUUAUCAAAGAGGAGAUAUAGUCAUUUGUAAUGAUUUAAGUGGAGCUCCAGUAGUUGUUAAAGAUAAGUUUCCAGCUAGGGAUUUUGGUUUACUGCGAAGGCCCCCCGAUGGUAACACCUGGAUAGUGUUAGUAAUAGCUGGGAGAAAUGCCAUAAUAAAUGGCACUGACAAUGCAACAGGAUUUUUUACAAGUAAAGUUAGAGAACUUGAAGCAAUGGGUUAUCAUGCAGCAUUGGUGCCGUGGAGUAAAUAUUCCAAAUUAACUAAAUUGGAGGAAAAGGCGGAGUUUUUGAAUAAUUUGAUCACUUAUUCCUUAAGGAAAACAAAAUAAAUCCUAUACAAAUGAUAAAA